AUGAUGUACGCGACCCCAGUUGGCAGUCCAGGCCCAGGAGAGAGCGCAGUAUGGCGAUCGACGGGAUUUGCGGCGUACUCCGGGUACUCGAUACCUUCGAUCGGGAACUCUUUGCAGUCGCUGUUCGAUCCAGAGCUGCAAGUCUCGUCUUUUGCAGACACGCGAGUUCUCGAUCCCCCAACGGAGAAUGACUGGUGGUGGAGUCCGUACGGCAUUUUCCAGGUCGGAAUGUCGCUUCACGAGGGGCCGGAGAAACCGUGCAUGGGCGAACGAAAAAGUUCAGAGGUCACGGAUGGCUUUGACUAUAUCUCCUAUGCAAAAGUCGACGAAACAGUCCGUGCCUUCGGCUCAGGUUUAGCCGCGCUGCUGCGAUCUGACGGGAUAAAACUGGAGACAUUCCCCGAUGAAGACCGAAACGACGGGACAUUCGCCAACGUCGGAAUUCUCCUCCAGUCCAGAAAAGAGUGGAUCUUCACUGAUUUAGCGGUCUCCGCCUACCCUCCUCUCACGUCUGUCACUCUCCAUUACACCUUCCCCGCUGAGCACGUGCAAAGCAUCGCCGAGCAAUCAAAGCUGUCGUGCAUUGUCACCGAUGUCGACAAGCUGAAGCUUCUCGAGGAUUUGAAGCCGUCGCUUUCGGAACUGAAGACAAUCGUGGUCUUGCACGCCAGGUCGCCUCUGGACCCGCCGCUAGACCUCGACAUCUCCGAGCAGAAAAGACAAUUUGCAACGCUCGGGACGCAAGUGCUCUCCUUUGACGAAGUGCUGAAUCUCGGAAGGGAGCAUCCGACGCGUCCGGUGCUGAAGCAAGAUCCAGAGCGCGUGUUCACCAUUGUGUAUACAUCCGGAACGACCGGGAGUCCGAAAGGUGUGAUGCUGACAAACAAGAACUGGGUUGCAGUGAUUCGCUCACUGUACAUUCAGAACCCGACGACGCUGGGCAUCACGUCGGACUUUGUGCACAUUUCGUACUUGCCCCUGUCCCACGUGUUUGAGCGGGUGAUUGAGUAUGCGGCUCUGGCCCAUGGCGUCCGAAUUGCGUUUUUCUCCCGAAAGCGCGAGUUGAUCCCUGAGGACUGGCGGGCGGCGAAGCCGUCGCUCGUCUUGAUGGUUCCGAAACUCGCGACGACGCUGCUGGAGAAGAUCGAGGCGCGGCUGAAUCAGCAGCCGCUCCUCAACCGCCUCCUGGUCGGCUUCGCGGUUGCGCGCAAACUGCGGUCCACGGCGAAGGGCUCUCAGCCGAACCUUUGGUACGACGACUUGCUCGGCGCCUCGCGGAUCAUGCGCGAGCGGAUUUUCGGCUCGCCAGACAGCAUGAAGUUCGUCGCCUGCGGCGGGGGGAAGCUCGACGCCGCCGUGCAGCAGAAACUCGAAAAGUACCUCGGCCUGAACAUCAUCCAGGGGUGGGGAAUGACUGAGACCGCCGGCGCCGGGAGCUGGCAAGCGUACCGGAACGACGACUCGUACGACAGCGUCGGCGGACCGACGGCGUGUCUGGAAGUCAAGGUGCGCUCCUGGGAGAGCUACGACGCGACCAAGAGCGAGCAGCCGCAGGGUGAGUUGCUCGUGCGCGGCGACAACGUCUUUGCGGGGUACUUUCGGCAGAAAGAAUUGACCGCCGAGUGUCUGCACUUCGACGCCGACGGCGCCAAGCCAUGGCUUGCCACGGGCGACGUGGUGGAGAUCCAACCUGACGGAUCGAUGAAAAUCAUCGACCGGAAGAAGAGCCUCAUCAAACUGGCGCAGGGCGAGUAUCUGCAGACCGAGAAACUCGAGGGCAUCUACGGCGCGAGCGCGUUCGUCGAGAACAUGCUCGUGCACGGCUACGACUCCCAGUCGUACCCGGUCGCCGUCGUCGUCCCAGACCGGCGGCGGGUCCUCGACUGGGCGCGAAAGGCGUACGGGGACGCGGAGCGGGCGGAGGAUCCAGCUGCGGCAGCGCCGGCUGGUGAAGCGGGCGACGACGCGCUUUUCCAGAGAGCCCUCGCGGACUUUGCGCUGAAAAAAGAGAUCCUGGCUGAGUUUGACCGGAUCGCCAGCGAGGCGCAGUUGCUCGGCUUUGAAAAGAUCAAAAACGUGCACCUGACCGCCGACGCGUGGACGCCCGACAACGGGAUGCUCACGCCCACCUUCAAAACGAAGCGGGCGCUCCUUGUCCGAAAGUACAGCAAAGACAUCGACGAGCUGUACAGGCAGAUGGCGAACAGGCAAUUCGUCUCCGACGUCAACACCGCAGUGGCGCUGCGGGACGCGCCUUGGUGGAGGCGACUCCUGCCUUGGCUUCGGUCUUGGUGGCCGUAG